CCUACAUAUAUGUAUUUUGAUCUAUAUCAUUUCAGCUUUGGUAAUAGAUCGCUAUGGCAGCUUAUAAAUGGAACAGGAGUCCUGCGUCCGAAGGAAUUGGUAUCCAGAGAACUGACCAGAAAUGGAAAAAAGAUACUAGAUGGUUUAUCAUUUUAUAAAAAACCAGUAAUGGUAGCAGGAGAACAACUCAAAGGGAAAAAGUUGUCUAAGCUCCAUAAGGACCUGGUACAAAAGAUCAGCCAGUUUUUGGGAGUUGAAGAGUUACAAAGCUGGGAACUCUUCAGUUCUUUUCUGUCUAAUGAUUACAGAGGAUCACAGAAAAAUCUUCAGCACAUCCUCAACAAUGAGCGUCACACACAGGCCCUGGUGUACAAGAUCCGCGACUAUUACUUCACAGAGAGGCUUUACUUGCUACAGUGUGUCAAGGUCGUGAUUAACUUCUGGCAGGAUGAUGACCAUCCCUACAAGGAUGAGCUAGAACAGUUCAUGAGAAGGUUGACAACUGAUGGAAAUAUCAUGGAGAAGAUAUUGGAUCAGUUUAAAGGCUGUAUCAAGGAACAAUUGCCUACAUGGGAGACAAACGGAACAAUGAUGACUGAGAGACAGGCACAUGUAUGGGCUCACCAGAACCUACUGGAGCAGUGUGAGUUAUUAGAAAUCCUGGUGAUAUUUUUGAAGGACUUGGAAAUAAAUACUGACCAGGCUAUCAACUUGGUGGAAAUGUUUAAGCGACAUGGUUUUGGCAGACAUCAAAAGUACAAGCACAUUCUGGAGGAUCCAGCUGAACCUUUUAUCAAGAGGAUAGGCCACCUGGAGAUGUUGAUACUGCUAGAAGCCCUUGACCUGGAGAUGGUACAUGGCUGUACCCACCUUGGAAGUUUUGAUGGACAUUGUAUUCUCAAAGAUCCCAGUUCAUUUAAGAGGCUGGACGAGGUGAUCCAGACCCUAGGGUCAGACCCUUCCCAUGGUCCUCUACUACUCUCCUGGGUGGCCAUACGUAUGGUGUAUCCCACGGUAACGGAUAACAGUCUCACCAGGAAGAUGGGUAAUAGUGCUUUAGCCCUACGUGUGUUUGAUGUUCUCUAUGAAAUCCUCAACACUGAACCGUUCUCCAGUAAAACAUCAUUUGUGUCGUCUGUAGCCCACUACAUAGUCUAUAACAUGCUGGUGAAUCUGCUCUCUGCAUUUGAUGAAGGGUCUCUAGGGGGAGAGAGAGAAAUCAAGGUGCUAUAUGCAAAUAUUUGUAAACUGUUGAAACAAGAAUUUGUGGCAGAAGAUUUCUGGAACAAGGGCCUGGAGGAGGGUUUGGGAUGUGUAUUCCAUUCCUCACGUCUCAAGUUCCCCUUGGACUUUGGUAGCCUGGUACGACUCAGUACCUCGUUAGCGUGUUCGGGUAUGGACAGUGCUAGGAAGAUUGUAGAAUUUUGGAGAAAGCUACCAUGUUACACAGAGUUCCUGGACAGAAAUAGUGUGUCUGACAUUAAUCAGACCAAGGACCCACUCAUAUGGCAGCUAGCCCGAAACAAAAUCCCCUACCCAGGAGGCAGUUUUAAGAUAGAUGCUGGAACACUCGGGCAGUGUUUGCCUAUGGCAGGGAAGAGAGAUGACAGUGAGAGCCCUAUCAUACAAUGGGAUGUAGAGUACAAUGGCUGGGAGCUAUUGCUAUGUGAGAUAGAAAUGCUGCUGCAACAGAUCUCACUGGGCGCAGGUACAUACAAUAACAAUGGCUACUGUGUCUCACUGGGCACAGGUACAUACAAUAACUUACAACAGAUCUCACUGGGCGCAGGGAUGGUGUCACCCAUGCAAGUUUCCAGAGUUACUCUCAUUGUGGAGAUGGUCGGAGCAGUCUUAGGAGCCUACCCUAAAGCUAUGGAGGAACUGGAUCAGGUUAUUGAAUGCCUGUAUCAGCUUAUACACAGGUUUGCUAGUUUCAAUCCUCCACCACUGGACCUGAUGACGUCCUGUAUCCAGUGUCUGACAAGUGUGGCUAAGAAACAUCCUACAAAGGUAUGGCACAACAUGAAACAGACGGGGAUGGUUCCUUACCUCACGGAGAACGUGGACAACUUAGCAGAGGUUCUCAGGUAUCUACACAUAUGUUUACCUAGCAACCACUGUUACCAACUCCAUAGCAACCACAGCAGCUGUAACCAACUCCAUAGCAACCACAGCUGCUAUAAACAACUCCAUAGCAACCACAGCUGCUGUAACCAACUCCAUAGCAACCACAGCUGCUAUAAACAACUCCAUAGCAACCACAGCUGCUGUAACUAA